CCGGCCUCGCGCCCGCCUCGGCGCCCGCUGCCCCUCGGCCCGGCGCCCGCAGCCCCGCGCGGCCAGCGAGCCCCCGGCCCGACCCCGGCGCCCGCACAAAAUGUCGGCCCGGACGCCAUUGCCGACGGUGAACGAGCGGGACACGGAGAAUCAUACAUCUGUGGAUGGAUAUACUGAACCACAUAUCCAGCCUCCCAAGUCAAGUAGCAGACAGAACAUCCCUCGGUGUAGAAACUCCAUUACGUCAGCAACAGACGAACAGCCUCACAUUGGAAAUUACCGUUUACAAAAAACAAUAGGGAAGGGAAAUUUUGCCAAAGUGAAAUUGGCGAGACAUGUUCUAACUGGUAGAGAGGUUGCUGUGAAAAUAAUAGACAAAACUCAGCUGAAUCCGACUAGUCUACAAAAGGUAUUUAAUUAUUUUAAUAGUAAGUAAUUACAAUAUGAGUUUAUUAAUUAAUACAUGAUAUUGUGUAAAGUCAGUUAUCCUAAAUUUCCUGUUAGAUACAAUACUACGUUACAUUAAUAUAUGAAGAAAAGACAUGAUAUAAAACAUACUGUUUAUAUUUAGUAACAUUUAAAUAAUAUUAUCAAGUUGUUAUUUGAGAAAUAUCUACUACUCAAAUGCAUGUGCGAUAUGGAAGGAAUUUGUGUGUUCUAAUUCAGUAGAAUAAAACUUUAUAUCAAAUAUUUCGAAGUAUUCAGGAUUCUGCUUUGUUAAAAAUCUAUUUGUGAGUUAACAUUGUCCGUAGGUGGGUUUCCUUUUGUUGCUUCACUCGCUUUUCUUCCUUCUACAAAAACUAGCUUUUCAGCUAACUUACAGGAAAAGAUAUGAACACUGCUUCAAAGGGUGAAAAUCUAAAACGGCAGGGGGAGGGAAAAAAGCAAUUAGGAUGGAGAUUACCUCGUAAACCUGGUAAAGCUGUUUCCUGUUGCCUUAUUAAUUGCUUAUGUGGGAAAACUUCCUCAGGUACACAUUUUAGUACUUUAAAAUGAAGCAGAUGUUUUAACAUUUAUGCUGUAUAUGUUAAGUUUGUAUAUAGUAAGAUAAUAUACGUUGUGAUUUUUAUUAGAACAUAAGAUCGUAGUCACAUAUUUAAAUGUUAUAUGAAUAAUUUUGGAUUCCUAAAACAGAUUGAAUCUUAUCAUAAGAAAUUUGUAGUACACUGUGUUUAACUAUACCUGAUGUGAUUCUAACAUUAAAUUAAAAAUUUGAGUCUGAUAAUCAAGGUUUUCUGCUUGGCUUAGUGCCAGAUAAUUCAGUUUAUUUUAUGUAUUUCUACUUAGAGAUCUGUCUUUGUAGUUAUUGAGAUUCCUUUUAAAUUUGACAACCAAAAUAACUUUUCAUAGCGUUGAUAUUUCUAAUCAGUGAGAAUAUGAAAGGGUUGCUAGAUUCUUUUUUCUCUGUCAGUGUGAGAUAAUAUACCUUAUGGCUGUCUUCUGCGAGAAACUUCUAGCACCAGUCUUUCAGCAAACCAUCAUGCAGUAGUAUGAGUUACAAAAAGGCAUCCUCCCUUCUGGACAGAUGAAUUGUCCAAAGAUGCUGUUUUUUCCUAGGCUGGAGCCACAGUGGGACAAAUUUUUCCCGCCCUUCUGCUGGGAAUCCUUUUAAGAUGCACGAACAACAUAGCUAUGCCCACUGGCCCUGUCCAUGGCUCACCUAGCUUUUCCACUUUUCCUGGAUUAAGCUAUAUGUUACUUUGGUAAAUUGAGUGCUUUUCAGUGACAUUUAGAGCUACUCCAGGCCUGUUGUGCUAGUUGGAUAUAUAGUAAUGUGACCCCCACUCUGUCUUUCCCAAGAGGGCGCAGAGAAGGUUGUGGAACCAAAGUUAGGCUUGUUGAAACAUGCAAACAUGAAGCUAAAUGUUGAUUUAUUUACUGAAUAAAAAAUGUACUUGUUGAUGAUAGGUAAUUUCUGUUAUAAGUUCUGCUAAUCUUGCUGAUAAAAUUUUACUUUUCCAAACAGGCAUAUAAAGAAUGAUGACAAUUUUGUUUUAUUUAAUCUGUGAAAAUUAAAGCAAGGAAAGAUUGGAAUUCACUAAAUAUAGUCAGUUCACUGUGUGCAUGUUGUUGUUUUUUAAAUCAUUUUCAUUUAUGUUCAUAGAUUUGCAUUCUGUUGAAAGUUUUGGAAAAAAGAGAUCAAGGCUUGAUUAGUUCUCAUACAUUGUAGAACAUUCAACAUUUGGCCUUACCCCUUAGAUGCCAGUAGCAUCUCCCGGUCAGUUGUAAUUCAUUUGUUUUCCUUAGCAUUGACAGUCAAGUUCUAUAGGUAACAAAUAGCAAAAUAUGCUCUAUAUGUCUUAAAUGUGCUUGUUAAAAGAGAGGUAAUGAUAGUGCGUAUAUUUGAAAUAAUGAUUCAUUUUAAUCUCAUCUCCAGUAGUAUUUGGUUAAAUCUUGUUCUGGAUUUGAUCUGAAUUUAAGCCGAUUUUCCUUCUUUAUCCUCUUGAGUGUAUAACAUUUAUAGGAAAUAUUACUUUCCUUUGCCAACAUCAAUGAUAGAUAAAAGUAGUCUAAAUUUGGUGCUCCAACUGUUCAAAACUUCUAAAAUAUAAAGUUCUUAAAAACAGUUUGGUCUUUGGAAUUAUUAAGCAUCUUUGGCUUCAACAUUGUUCACCUAAUAUGCUCCUUUGUUUGUAUCACAUAUUUUGAAUUAAUGGAAUCCAGUUUAAUGAGUUUUCAUAGUUUAAAAAGUAUUGAGAUAGAUGCUGUAUUACUGCUUCCUUUUUGGAGCAUGAGUCCCUACUCAUACGUUAGUGGUUUUUGGAGUGGGUCUAUGAACUAUAUUAGUGAUUCCUAGGGAUCUUUUAAGCAGCCUAAGAGGAAAAGCAAAACAAUGAAGCAAUUUUAUUCAUAGUUCACAUACUUAAAAUGUAAGAUUAUCGUUUUCUCAGAAAAUCCACUAAAUUUUGAAACUUGGACACAUUAGUGUAUACACAGAUGACAAAGUUUGUGUUAGCUUGUCUCAGCUCACAGUUGGCAGGGUAUGGUUUGCUGUCUUCUGUGUAUUGUCAAUUUGUAUUUUCUAUUGUUUUACUGUGUUGCAUUGUAUUCCCAAUUCACAAAAAUGGCUCAGUGGUUCAGAAGAGAUUUGCUGAGUAGUAAAACCUGUAGUGGAAAUAGAAACAAGAAUGCUACAGCUCAGAAUCGUGUCGUUAGGUAAUAAAGAGGACUGCUGCCUUAUGGUUACGGAGAAGGUGAACCUCUGUGCGAGGAUAGUGGUUUUGCACAAGCAGGGAAAGUGUGAAAAAAUUUCAGUAGUUGACAUCUGAAAAUUAGAUUUAUUAAAUGAAUAAUCCAUUUACUGCUAGUGUCUGGUGUGUUAUCUAUUGUAUAAAGUGUUGUCAAAUGGUGACGUAAGCCUUUUAAAUUUGAGUGAGUUUUCAGAUAAAGCCCAUAGACCUCUCUGCUCAGCUAGUCAAGUUUUCCAGAACAUCUGCGUAAUAAUCUCUGUUACGUUGAUGAAUUUUGUCACUCUAGGUAGAGAGGAGGACAGAUCCAUGGAAGCAAUAUUCAGAAUUAAAUUUCAUUUAGUAAAUUAUCAAGAAACCAAACUUGUAAAAGCAAUCGUAAAAUUAUUGACAAAUAUUUUGAUCCAAGGAGAAAGCAGAAGAAGCUGUUUGGCAAUAUUCCUUAGCAGAUAUCCCUCUCAGACGUAUGUUGAAAUGUCAGUUACUCUCACAUAUGCAUGCUUUAUAGCACGUUUCGCUUUAUCCCUGAACAAAACCACUUAGGUAUUGAGGACUUCUUCCUUCUAGUCCUUUUCAUGUGUGCGAAUCAGUUGAAGGAAAAGUCUUGACCAAUUCUUUUGUGGGUCAAUGAAAACCUACGUGAUAAGAGUUAGCAUUUUGUGAGCUGGGUUGUAAACUGCAGAAGUUGUCUUUGAUUCAGUAAUAAGAUAACACCAGGAGGGCUUUUUUGGGGGGAGGGGGAUAUUCUGCAAGGAAUGAUACUGCUACGUGAAUAAACAAUAUUAUACGUAAUGCCCACUUGUUGCUUCAUUCUCCAUGAAAUUAGUGGUCAGCAACAUGCCUCUGAUCUUGAUUUGGUUUUGAAGGAAAUACUGAAAACAGAGGUUAUCGUAAAAUCAUGGCUAUUGAAAGAUGUCUCUUUAGCACAGUGUGAAGAAUUGGUGGGAAGUAAAUCUUUCCCACUGAACUGUGAUGGAUUUUGAGGGAAAAAGUGUUCAAACAAGUUUCUUUUAAAAGAUGAUACCGAUAAUGUUACUGCCUAGUUAAAAUAUCAACAGUUUAAAUGUUGAAGAUAAGAUAACCAGAUUUUCUGAAAAAAACAAACUGUGUUUCAAGCAGUCCACUGACCAAAAAUCUGACUUUUCUAAACUUGUUUAGUUAUAGACAAAGGGCAAUAACAUAUGACAUAUUAUUGGGCAUAUUUAACAUACAAAUGCUACAUCCAAAUAUGAAAAAUACCUUCCAGAGCAAGCAUAUCUGAAGAGUAUAUUAAGAAUCCAUUUACUGUUAUCCCUCAUCGAAACUUCCAGUCUUCCAGCUUUUUUUUUUUUUUAAGAUUUUUUUUUUUUUCCUUUUUCUCCCCAAA